AUGUCGAGUUCGAGCGGCCGACUGGAUUGUUCGAGGCCACUGACCAUCCGAGUGAACCUGCGACCGCGGAAUCUCGUGUCAGAUGUUGCUGACAAUGCGGAGUAUAUCGGGAAUAGACUGGAUGUGUCUCUUGAUCGGUUGAAGGUGGCGUCUCCUGAUGCGUCUUGCAGGUCGAAGGAGUUUAUCUUGGGCCCAUGCUGGGGAAGAGGAACUAAUGGAUGGGAUCAGAGGUUUGUUUGA